GAUAACACAUCAGUUGAAAUGUGAGGUGUCAUUGUUACUACCACCAUCUGAAUGUCAGUAUCUCUCUAGGGCUGGGAUAUUGACAGUUGCAGCAUUCGGAGUACUCUUCUACAGGGAAGAGAGUUUUGGCAGGAGUUGAAUGGCCCUUUGCCCUUCCUACCAUCUUCUGUGCAAGAAUCUUAUAAUUUGUAUUUAUUUUCGUGUAAGUACAGACAGGACUGUGAGAACAUGUUUCAUUGAAAAACCCUCACACAGCAAAUUGUACAGCCUACACUGGGGCAAAGGAUGACUCAACCUUUUAGGGAUGCUUUCCCUUUAGUUGCUAACCUCUGACCAGACUAUCAUGUAGUCUGAGAGUUGAAAUUUACCCAUUUUCAUAAGAUAGUUUGAGAGCUUCGUUGCCAGAAGGGACCAGUGAGAAACUUUUGUCUUUCUGAAGCAACAUUUAGCCCACACUGACUGCCAUUCUGUUGCCUGUUGAGUCAUUCCUCAGUUCUGUAGAGAGCUUUUCUCUUAAACAUAAUGUUCUUGGAGUGAGAAAGAAAGGAAGUUUUUCUCUCCUUCACAGAAUCUCCCCUACCCCAAAUCUCAUUGCUUUAUCUUUUCUAGAAACAGAGUAUUGCCCUCAAUCAUUCUGAGACUAUUUUCUCUUUUUAAGGUCUCUUAGUGCUUUCAUUUAUCAUUUGUUUGAUUGUGUAAGCAUUAAGGCAUUUGCUGGGCUGAGUUCACAGCAGUAGGGUUUCAAGAUAAAGGCUGCUGCUUAAUCAGAAAGAUCAGGGAAUUUUGAAUAAACAUACCAAAUAUGGAUUUCUAGUUCAGCUAUUUAAAAGUCAGUCAAAUAUGCUACAAGGCAUCUUAAUAUCUUUAUGAUGAAUGUCAGUAAAAAGUACUGUGAAUGAAUGAAUAAGUUUUUACAUUGGGAUAAAUGACAACUGCUUUAAUUUGAAAGGAUUUAAGUUUGCUUUGUUUUUGCAAUGGAAGGUAAAACGCCCAUUUUCGUUCUUUUUCAGAAGAUACUGCUAUGUGCUAGUGGGAAAAGAAUUGAAGUUUCUUUAUUAGGAAAGGGAAAUUCUUACAGAUUUGAACUUUCUUCUUAUGGUUCCAACAUCCAACAAGAUUAUUAAACAGUUUAGAAAAGUCAAAUAACAUAAAUAAGCUGUCUAUUCACAGAUCACGUGUCACAUAGGAACAAGUUAAGGGGCUUUUUUAAGGGAUUGGCAGAUCUGAAAGACAGAUUACAGCUCCGGAAUGUAUUCAGAUGACUUUUUGAAACAGAUAUUUUAUUUGGAGUAGGGGAGAAAUAGUUGAGCUUCUGUAGUUAAAUAUUCAACUUCCUUAGUCUAUUAUCUAUAAAUAUCACAGAUGAAAAAGCCAUUAGAACUCUUUUUCAGAAAACGAAGUCACUAUACAUAUUUAUGUGUAUGUAGGUGUUUAUAUGUGCCUAAUCCCCAUCCCCACCUCCAAUUAAUAGGUCAGUAAUUGGGCUGUUGCACAGGAUUGAGUUGUUUGGAUUGCAUUAAUAUGUGGCUCUAAACUGCUUUUGCAGCCAGAAUCCCUUAUGCUAAGGUUUUGAAUAAAACCUUGUCUUCUCUUCUUAAAUAGGAAGGGAAAAAAGCAGUUGAUCUGUUUUUUGAAGGUCUCUUACUGUAUGUCUCUCCCCUCCCCCGAGAGAUGAAUAGCAGGGGAGGAGCCCAAGCUCACUCACUGUUCUGACCACACUUCAUGUGUCUUAACUUGAGCUCUUUUUGGUUUCCUGUCAGCAGUAAUUCAACUCUGUGCCAUCUUGACUUGCCUGCAGGGUGGAUAAAUUGGUGAUUGCACUGAGAAGGAGAGUUGAGUUUUCAGUCUGGUUUGACUAUAAGACAUGAGAUUGAAUUUGUAAAAGCUUCGGUAGCCUCUGAAGACAACAUCUUUCUUCUGUGACUUUGAAUUUUUUCCUUGUAUUUGUGGGCUGUUGUUUCUGAGAAGAAUCUGUCAUGACUCUACUGGAACCUGAGAUGUUAAUGAUGGCUGUACAGUCCGUGCUGCAGUUGAAGCUCCAGCAGCGCCGGACACGGGAAGAACUGGUGAGCCAAGGGAUCAUGCCUCCUUUGAAAAGUCCAGCUGCAUUUCAUGAGCAGAGAAGGAGCUUGGAGCGGGCCAGGACAGAGGACUACCUGAAACGGAAGAUUCGUUCCCGGCCAGAGAGAUCGGAGCUGGUCAGGAUGCACAUUUUGGAAGAGACCUCGGCAGAGCCUUCGCUCCAGGCUAAGCAGCUGAAGCUGAAGAGAGCCAGACUGGCUGAUGACCUCAAUGAGAAGAUUGCACAGAGGCCUGGUCCCAUGGAGCUGGUGGAGAAGAAUAUCCUGCCUGUGGAGUCCAGCUUGAAAGAGGCCAUCAUCGUGGGCCAGGUGAAUUACCCGAAAGUAGCAGAUAGCUCUUCCUUCGAUGAGGACAGCAGCGAUGCCUUAUCCCCUGAGCAGCCUGCCAGCCAUGAGUCCCAGGGCUCAGUGCCAUCACCCCUGGAAGCCCGGGUCAGCGAGCCACUGCCCAGUGCCACCUCUGUAUCCCCCACACAGGUCGUGUCUCAACCCCCCGUGGGCGCGGAUUCCGGAGAGACGCUCCUGGCAGAGCAGCCUCCUCUGCCCCCCAACCUUGCCAACGGAACCGUGGCCCCCACUGCCAAGCCCGCCCCCACGCUCAUUAAGCAAAGCCAACCCAAGGCUGCCGGUGAGAAGUCGCAGCGCAGCAAGAAAGCCAAGGAGCUGAAGCCAAAGGUGAAGAAGCUCAAGUACCACCAGUACAUCCCCCCGGACCAAAAGCAGGACAAGGGGGCGCCGCCCAUGGACUCGUCCUACGCCAAGAUCCUGCAACAGCAACAGCUCUUCCUGCAGCUGCAGAUCCUCAACCAGCAGCAGCAGCAGCACUACAACUACCAGACCAUCCUGCCCGCCCCGCCCAAGCCGGCAGGCGAAGCUCUGGGAAGCAGCGGGGCCCCCCAGAUGCGCAGCCUCUCCGCUGCCAAUAGUAGCUCGAGCUCGGGCGCCUCUGGGCCCAGUGGGCUGGCUCGUCAGAACAGCACCUCAUUGGCGGGCAAGCCAGGAGCUUUGCCUGCCAACCUGGAUGACAUGAAGGUGGCAGAGCUGAAGCAGGAGCUGAAGUUGCGGUCCCUGCCUGUCUCAGGCACCAAGACAGACCUGAUCGAGCGCCUGCGAGCCUACCAAGAACAAGCCGGCCCUGCCCUCGGAGCCCCCAAGGGCCCGGCCGCCACCCCCAUCCUGCCCAAGGCUGGCGAGGUGGUGGUAGCCUUCCCUGCAGCCCGGCUGAGCACGGGGCCUGCGCUGGUGGCGGCAGGCCUGACCCCAGCCGAGGUGGUUGUGGCCACGGUGACCAGCAACGGAGUGGUGAAAUUUGGCAGCACGGGCUCUACACCUCCUGUGUCUCCCACGCCCUCAGAGCGCUCACUGCUCAGCACGGGCGAUGAGAACUCCACGCCCGGGGACACCUUUGGUGAGAUGGUGACAUCGCCCCUGACCCAGCUCACGCUGCAGGCCUCACCGCUGCAGAUCCUCGUGAAGGAGGAGGGGCCGCGGGCUGGAUCCUGCUGCCUGAGCCCUGGGGUGCGGGCGGAGCUGGAGGGGCGGGACAAGGACCAGAUGCUGCAGGAGAAGGACAAGCAGAUCGAGGAGCUGACGCGCAUGCUCCGGCAGAAGCAGCAGCUGGUGGAGUGGCUCCGGCUGCAGCUGGAGCAGGAGAAGCGGGCCCAGCAGCCCGCCCCGGCCCCGGCCCCGGCCCCACUGGGCACCCCAGUGAAGCAGGAGAGCGGCUUCCCUAGCUGCCAGCUGAGCCGGCAGACCCCGGGCCCUACCCACCCCUUCAGCCCCAGCUUGGCGGCCCCCACUGCCCACCACGUAGAUGCUUGUGCCGUGGUGGUGAAGCAGGAAGCCGUGUUGCCUGAGCCCGAGCCGGCCCCCGCGCCCCAUCUGCUUCUGGGCCCACAGGGUCCCAGCCUCAUCAAGGGGGUCACACCUCCUACCCUCCUCACUGACUGCACAGGGACCCACCUUGUCCUCACCAUGACCAAUAAGAACGAGGACAGCUCUGGCCUGGCCAGCGGGAGCUCCCAGCAGACAGACCAGCUGGCUCCCACCAAAGUGCCACUGACAACGGGCUCCCUGCUGCCACAGUCCUCACAGCCCAGGCCCUCCACCCAGCCUAGUCCAAAGCCCUUGUCCCAGCCUGGUUCUCCAGCCCCUGGCCCAGCAGCCCAGAUAGACCUGGAGCACCCACCACCACAGCCCCUCCUUGGGGCCCCCACUUCUCUUCUGAAGAAGGAGCCACCUGGCUAUGAGGAAGCCGUGAGCCAGCAGCCCAGACAGCAGGUGAAGAAGAAUGGUUCCUCGAGCCAGCAGAUGGAUGACUUGUUCGACAUUCUUAUUCAGAGUGGAGAAAUUUCAGCAGAUUUCAAGGAGCCACCAUCCCUGCCAGGGAAAGAGAAGCCCCCCUCGACAUGCGGGUCACCCCUGGCCACGCAGUCCCCAUCCUCUGCGGAGCUUCCCCAGGCUGCCUUGCCGCCGUCGGGCUCGCCAGCCAUCCCUGGGCGCCUGGAGGACUUCCUGGAGAGCAGCACGGGGCUGCCCCUGCUGACUGGUGGGCACGAGGGGCCAGAGCCCCUGUCCCUCAUUGACGACCUCCACAGCCAGAUGCUGAGCAGUUCUGCUAUCCUGGACCACCCCCCCUCACCCAUGGACACCUCGGAAUUGCACUUUGCAGCUGAGCCUGGCAGCGUGGGCCUGGACCUGGCUGAUGGCCACCUGGACAGCAUGGACUGGCUGGAGCUGUCGUCAGGUGGCCCCGCACUCAGCUUGGCUCCGCUCAGCACCGCAGCCCCCAGCCUCUUCUCCACGGACUUCCUCGAUGGCCACGACCUCCAGCUACACUGGGACUCCUGCUUGUAGCUCUCAGUCUGCAGAGCCAGGGGACCGAGGCGCUCGGGGCUGGUGGGCUUCGGGAACUAGGGAGCUCGGCUCUCUGCUGCCUGGCCCGGCCUCUCGUGCGGUCGUCCUGACAAUCGCCCUGCUUUCUCUCCCUGCGAGGCUGGAGCAGGGGGUCCCUACACCUGGCUUGGGCUCACCAAGGAGAGACACUGCCAGCAGCUGCUCUGGGUCUCCCCCCAGGGUCUUGGGGUUUGGGCAGGCCGGGGGCAUUCUACAUCACCUCUUCCUAUGAGGUCAGAGGUGUACCACCUGCAGCUUGCUCAGGCAGGCAAGACCCAAGUCCCCCCACCUUUCCUGUGAGGGAGGAACUAGCUGGGCCUCUACCUCCCUGGGAUGCUGACCCUGGGGUUCCUGGCAUCCUGGGAGUGGGGUGGGAAUGGGGCUCAUUGCCAUUUUAGUGUUGGGGUGUAACCAUUUAGUGGUUGUUGGCAAACAUUUUCUGUACAGGUGUACAUAUCUAUCGCCAUACAUACAUGCAUAUAUUUUGGGGGGUGGGAGGCUGGUACAGCCGCCUCCCAUCCUGUGCACAUAGGGAAGGGCCUGGAGACCACUGCUCCUGGGCCAGAUGCAGCUCAGCCCGGCCCCAUCACGUGUGUUUAACGUGUAGACACCCCACACCCCACCUGUCCUGCUUCUUACCAGAGACAAGGGCAGAGGGGCUUCCUGGCUGCCCACAUUCCGUCUUGCUGCCUCACUGCAGCCCCCACCGCUCUGGGGCCUGGCCUCCCCCUGGCCUGUCACUGUCACUCAUAGGGGAUUAGGGAGGGAGCCCCAAAACCAGUGCUGGGAUAGAGAGGUGGGGGAAAUGUGUGGACUUUUUAAAAUAAAAACAAAACCAUU